AUGGGAUUGACAAAAGAGGACGCAGAUGCGGAUGCCAUACUGAGCGAUGUGGAGUUGGCUACCUUCGAGACGCAGCUUGGGCAAUCUCAUGCGAGACUACUGGAGCAUUGGGCCAUGGCCCCCUUUGAGGCCGCUCUUUACGACUCGCCCGGCUGCACGGGCAGCAGCAUGACCGUAAAUGCAUCCAACCAGGAGCGGCGCUGCACCGAAUGCUUUGACGUCUGCGGCAAGUCCUUUGACAGCGGAGAUGCCAUGUCAGUUGCGGACAGGAGUAUGCCUUCCGGCGUCUCCUCCCAAGUGCGGUCGAUGCGGGUGACAGCUGGAAUCGCCUACGUCGUGAUGAACUACUGUCUGGGUGCCUUCAACUACGGCGCCCUCGACGCUUCAGGGAGCCGCGUGAUGGGCGCGCGAGAUGAGUGCGUGGAUUUUGCCGACGGCAAGGUUGUGGCGCACGUGGCCGCAGUACUGCCAGCCAUUCGAGAGGUGGUGGCCGCGCAGUUCCUGAAGCAGGCCAAAACCUGA